AAGGAGGAGGGAAAAGGGAAGGGAAAAAAAAAAGAGACGAGGACACGGACACACACAGAGGACUCCUCUUUUCUCGGCGCCUGCACUUAUGCCUGGUGGAGCUCGUUCCCAGCCGUCCUGCCAACCUGCCGCCGACCGCUGCCUGCGCUGCCCCGGAGAGGCCGCAGCUCAGCCCCGCGGAGGGGCCCUGGGGAAGGGGACCCCCCCCCGCCGCUGCCGUUCCCCCCGCCGCGACGAAGGGCCGCCGCGGGGCUGCCGCCGCGCACCGAGCAAGGGCAGAGGAUGGCCUCAGCCCUCCCACUGCUGCUGCUCUGGGUGUUUGCCCCCACGGUGGUCCCGGAGGUGUUCGGCCCCGGAGAUGGCGCAGAGGACCUCAAGGCUCUGCAGGUCUCCAUCCCGCGCCACCCAGCCCUUGACGCCGUGCUGGCGGGCGACAUCACCAUCCCCUGCCUCAUCACCUACCUCGGCCCCCAGCCCACCGCCAGCACGGCCGGGCGCCGGGCGGUCCUGGGAACCCCCCGGGUCAAGUGGACCUUCAUCGCUGAGGGCAGGGAGGUGGAGAUCUUGGUAGCCCGGGGGGACAGGGUGAAGGUGAACGAGGACUAUCGCCUCCGCGCCUCCCUGCCCAUCUUCCACCAGCGCUACACCAACGCCUCCCUGCUGCUCACCGAGCUGCGGCCCAACGACUCGGGGAUCUACCGCUGCGACGUGCAGCACGGCAUCGAGGACGGCCACGACAUCCUCGACGUCAAAGUCAAAGGGGUGGUGUUUCACUACCGGGAGGGCUCCAUGCGCUAUGCCUACACCUUUGCCGAGGCACAGGACGCCUGCGACAGGAUCGGCGCCCGCAUCGCCACCCCCGAGCAGCUGUACGCUGCCUACCUCGGGGGCUACGAGCAGUGCGACGCCGGCUGGAUCGCCGACCAGACCGUCAGGUACCCCAUCCACACGCCCCGCGAGGCCUGUUACGGAGACAUGAACGGCUUCCCCGGGGUGAGGAACUACGGGGUGGUGGACCCGGAGGACAUGUAUGACGUGUACUGCUACGCCGAGGACCUCCCAGGGGAGAUCUUUUUGGAGACGGCCCUAGAGAAAUUCACACUGGAGGAGGCGGCGGCACGCUGCCGGGCGCUGGGCGCCGAGCUGGCGAGCACGGGGCAGCUCUACGCGGCUUGGAGCGCGGGGCUGGACUCCUGCAGCCCCGGCUGGCUGGCCGACGGCAGCGUGCGCUACCCCAUCGUCACCCCCCGGGAACGCUGCGGCGGGGCCCUGCCAGGUGUCAAAACCAUCUUCCUCUUCCGCAACCAGACGGGAUUCCCCGAUGCCCAGAGCAGAUACGAUGCGUACUGCUUUCGAGAAGGGACAAACUCUUUCCCUGAGGCUGCAGGAAAAUACCGAGCCAGAGAGCCCGAGGGCCUCCAGGAGAUUGUUACAGUGGCAGAAAAGCUGGAGGAGCUGCAGCUGCCCAAAGCGCAAGUGGAGAUUGAGUCGCGAGGGGCUAUAUACGCCGUCCCUUUCUUUAAGGACACUGAGCUGGAAAAGCCGAGCCCGUCCCCCGAAGACGCACCGGGGCCAGGGGCCCGGCACCCCCCGCUAGAUACCUCCGUGUCCUCAGAGGAGGAACAGGGAGCAGCGCUGGGCAGGGACCCUGGCAGCACAUCGGCAGAGAGCCCGGGUGGAGGGCAAGACCCCAGCCAGCCCAUGGAGCCGGAUGGAGCCACCAGCACGCAGACGCUCUCCACGGCCCCACGGGUGGGCGUAGAGGGACCCACCAGCGCCCCAUCCCCAGCAGGGGCUGCAGAAGGUGACACGGAGCCUCCAGAGGGGUUUCCCCGGCCCCCCAGCCCCGCUGCCUCCACGCACCGUCCCGACUACCCGUGGAACGCCGUGGGGCGGCCAGCCCACACUGCCAGCCCCGGGGCACCCGGGCACUGGGUGACAUCGCCGACCAGUGUCGCUUCUGCCACCUCGACAGAUAGCCGAGAGCCUGGUGGGACCCCCCGCCAGGGCCACGAGUCCGGCAGGGCAAGCACCCCCGUCCCCACCGCUGAAGAUGCCGAGCUCUCGGGAGACGUGGUCGAAAGUCCCAGGGUGUCCCCGCUGCCCCCCGCGCCCUCGCAGCCGCAGGAGGAGGGAGAGGAGCAGUCGGGGUCCCUGUGGCUCCCCUCGCCCAUGUCCCCAGGGGAUGGGAGCACGGUCCCCGUGGCGGAGGUGACAGCGGUCACACCGUGGCACACAGAGGUGCCUGGCGGCAGCAGCAGCGUGCCGGCCACAGGAGGUGAGGAGGCUGUGCCGCGACACCCAGGCACUGACCGUGGGAUGCCUGCUGCACCUUCAGAAGAGGAGGAAGAGGAGGAGGAGGAGGAGGAGGAGGAAGAGCAACCCGCUCCCUCCGUUGCAACCGUGGAGGGUUUCCUUGCAGCCGUUCCUGGAGAACCAGGUGGCUGCGUCCCCAACCCCUGUCUGAACGGAGGGACCUGCACGGAGGACGGCGCCCACCUCACCUGCCUGUGCCUGCCCGGCUACGGAGGCAGCAGCUGUGAAAGAUCGCUGGAGCAGUGCAGCCCCGGCUGGGACAGCUUCCAGGGAGCCUGUUACAAGCACUUCUCCACUCGGAGGAGCUGGGAGGACGCGGAGACCCAGUGCAGGCAUUACGGGGGGCACCUGGCCACCAUCCUGACCCCCGAAGAGCAGGACUUCAUCAACAAUGAGUACAGGGAGUACCAGUGGAUCGGCUUGAAUGACCGGACCAUCGAGGGGGAUUUCCAGUGGUCUGAUGGGAGCCCCUUGCUCUACGAGAACUGGCACCCCGGGCAGCCCGACAGCUACUUCCUCUCUGGGGAGAACUGCGUGGUCAUCGUGUGGCACGACGAGGGGCAGUGGAGCGACGUGCCCUGCAACUACCACCUCUCUUACACCUGCAAAAUGGGGUUGGUGCAGUGCGGGCCGCCCCCCGCCGUCAGCAACGCCCGCGCCUUUGGCAAACCAAAGCAGCGCUACGAGAUCGGCUCCAUCACGCGGUACCAGUGCCGCCGCGGCUUCGUCCAGCGCCGCUCGCCCAUCAUCCGCUGCCGGGAGGACGGGACGUGGGAGCCGCCCCAGCUGGUUUGCCGCCCUGGCCUGGCUCAGCCCCCCGAUGACUGAGCCAAACCCCAGGGCAGAAGCCACCACCUCCCCGGGUCCUGGAGCCGGCGUGGAUGGGGACGGCACUGGGACGCCAGCGUGGACGCCGGCAUGGCACGAAACCUCACUGCUGGGUGUCUGCCUCCUUGUUUGUUUUAUAUCUGUACAAAGAAAUCCUAAUAACUAAAGAUCCCCUCAAAAGGAACCAACAACGACCCAAAAUGUAGCACAAGGGGUGUUUUGUUCCCGGAGUCACAACAGAGUCAAAAUCAAGAGGGGGACCGUGGGCAGGUGAUGGCAUCGACGUGCCAGCGUCACCUCCAGCCACUUUCUCCCACCUCUGGCCCAAGGGUCCUCACCCUGUGACGCCCUUCUGGGGGGUGCCACAGGGACACCAAGCUGUGCUGCAGCUCAGCUCCCGUCCCAGGGUGCAGGGGGGCCCUUGUGCGCUUCCCAGGGACGGCAGGAGCCGCUGCUGCAGGUUCAAAGUGGGUACGCAUUGCCCAAACCCCCCCUCUGUGCUUCUGUGGGUAUUAAAACCAGUA